CGUGGUCAACAACUUCCUCAUAUUGUUGCGUGUAGCCGAUGCAUGUAACUCGGAGUAUUUUACUAUAGUAUUUAUUCAACAAUUAUUCGUCAAUAUAGGUAGUAGAUACCAGGUAAGUAUGCAAUAUACAUAUACAUGACUUACAUACAAAAAUUAACAUCAUUAAGCCUUCAUAAAAACAGUAUUGGAAACGAACUGCAAUGUUACAGAGCUACAAUCAAACAUUCUUAAUGCGAGUUUUGGUAUAUUUGUUCAUUUAAUUUUGUUUCUAUGCAAUCUAUAAUAUUAUCUUGUGUUAAUUGAUAUUUUUUUAAAUCAGUUAUUGCGCACUGUCGUGUUUUUUCAUAGUUGGUAAAUAUGUCAUUCAAAUUGUUCAUUUUGUUUGCAUACCGUAAAUUAUUAAAUUUGAUCGCUUUUUGGAUAAUCAUUACGUGGGAUUAAAAUAAAAUAUAAAUGCAUGUGUAUUUUUUUUAAUGUAUCAAUUAAAUGACAAUUUUUUUAGGAAGUUGUGUGCUUGUAUUAUUAACUUUGAUAUAUUUAAAAACUAUAUGUCAGUUUUUGUUUUUAUAAAUUGGUAUAAGCUCUUGUCCCUUGAAUACCCAAUAGUCAUCAACUUGAAGCUGUUAUAUAAGUAACAAAAAUUAAGUAAUUUGGUUACAAACGUUUUUAAAAAAAUUGGAAACGUUUUAUAUAACAACGAAUAACAAAACGCAGUAACAUCCUAUAACGAUAAAAUAACUUUUUUUAAAUCACAUGUGUUAUACACUAAUGAUUUCGUCGAGGAAAUUAGGACUUUUUGUAUAAAUGUCACAAAAGCAAUUAUGGAAAUUUCCAACAUCCGGAACUAUAUUAUAUUGAACAUGGUACACGAAUUUCAAAAAUAUUUAUUUUUUAUCACAUUUAUUACGCACAUGUAAUAAAAUAAAACGGAAAUUAUUAAAUAGAUAAGUAUCCAAUGGUAUACAUAGGUACAAAUAUGAAUAUUGCUAAAUAAACAGAAAAAUCUUGUUAUUAUACUUUGUACGUUUUGAUCAUCUAUACCUAACCUGUUGUAUUUUAUAGUUAAAAAAAUGAAGAUUUGUUACUUACUCGUAUUAAUUGUCUUCACUUCGUUAAUAUGUAAUUUAAAGGGUCAACAAAUAAAAAGAAAAUCUCAACCAAAAUUUAAUAGAUUUUUUGGAAAUAUUUCACGAGAAUGCUUGAAAGAACAUCGCGUCACUCCAGAAAGAGUAUUGGGCGUUUAUACUUUAAAUAUUAAUGACCGAGAAGCAAAAUGUUAUGUUGCUUGCAUGUUGUUGCGAUUUAACGUGACCACUAGAAAUGGAGGUUACAAUGAAAAGGAAUUAGAACAAUUGAUGGCGAAACCAAAUUCUAAUAAUGGAAUUUCAAUCAGUAUGAAAACAGCUAUAGCAAUAUGCGAAAAGCAAGUUGAUAGAGAUCAUUGCGAAAAAGCGGUUAAGUUUACGAAAUGUAUUUACUCUCACAGGGAUGAAUUUGUAGUGAAAAAAAAAGAAAACAUUUCCAUGUCUGCUAAUCGUCGACCACCCUUUCCUACCCAGGAAAAACGUCCUGUACGGGACCUCAACCACACCAUUAUGAGUCGCUAAAUAUCACUGUUUUAAAGAUUAUAUUGUGCUUCUGAAUAUUUUUUAUCACUUAAUAGUUACCUAAAUUGAAUGAUUUGAGUCACGGUGUAUGGUUCUAUAGCAAAUAAAUAAUAUAAUUAUAACAUAAA